AUGGACUCCUCCGAUAACUCAUCUCUAAAUGACUCAAGGCACUUCCUCUUAAGCAUUGAAGUGAUGGUAAGCUUCAUAUUUUUCAUUGCCAUCAUGACACUCAUUGCCUACUGCGUCUCCCUCUGCCGGACCCGGCGCCUCCCGGGUGUGCUACCCCAUCAUGACACUCCCUAUGAGCACUCGUUCCACGUCGAAUCGGGUCUCAAUGAGGCCACUCUCGGGGCCUUUCCCAAGCUUCUUUAUUCCAACGCCAAAGCCAGUUCUAAGCUCUCCAGCUUUGAUGGCGGCAAAUAUUAUUCGUCCGCUUUGUCAUGCUCGGUGUGUUUGGCCGAUUAUAGUGAAAGCGACGUGCUCCGAUUGUUGCCUAAUUGUGGCCACGUUUUUCAUCUCAAGUGCGUCGAUUCGUGGCUCCGCCUUCAUCCCACUUGUCCCAUAUGUCGCAAGCUCCCAAGCACUCCUACUAGUCCUGAAUCAUGUAAAAUAUCGACCCGGGUUUAA